AUGUUGCACUUAAACUUGGCUCUGUCUUGUAGUGAUGAACCUGAACCUAAGGUUUCAUCCGGCCGCAACCGUAACAUGAGUGAAGUCUCAGAACUUCACAUCCCACAGAUUGCAUCCCUACCCCUUCAACAAGUUGAACACCCGCAGCUUGGGGAUAUUUCUCCCAGUCCCGCUCCCAGCCGGUAUUCAAGCUCUCCUCCAAGCUCUCCUCCAAGCUUUGGCUCGUCCGCCGUGCCAGCAUCAGCUGCUACUAGUAGCUCUAAUAAUAUCUCAGACGCAGAGGACGAUAACUUCCCUUGGACACCUCAUUCUAAGCAAUCCGGUGGUCCCUUAUAUCCUGUCAAUUCAUGCGGGUCUGCUCGGGCUGGAGUAGGAUCGCCGACUCCAAAUCGUUCUCCUCAGAUUGACAGCACCGACGCUUUCUAUCCUCAUCCCAUGAUCACCUCCUUCGAAGACCAACAUUAUUUUGACAGAUUUUUAGGCAGACCUGUCAACGACGAGCAUUCAUUGGAAGAUAUUAGCCAGAAAAUUCAGGAUAUCUAUUUUAGCCAUAUAGAGCGGCUUAGCGCGCAUUCUGUCCGCUGUGCUGUUCAUUACAAAGAAGCGGUUCGUGAACGCAAACGCAUGCGUUGGUACACCGCACGCUGGGAGGUUGCGGAGAUCCAAAGGCUACACACCCUUGUUCGUUCCUUGUGUGACGAAUCGGAGACGGAAUUCAUUAUGGCGGACCGAGAAUCACGGUGGUUAUUGGAUGUCCUUGUCAAACGACAGACACCACCUACUUUGGCCACACAUGCCCAAUAUGCCAGUGCAACCUGUGACAACGACAAAAAAUCUCUUCGUUUGGCUGACGCUGAACUCGCCCUUUUCGCCAAUCGCUCUUAG